AUGGCACUUCUAGCAAAACAGAUGUGGAGGCUUCUCCAUCACCCUACCUCCUUAUUAGCCUGGGUUCUCAAAGGCAGGUACUUCCGACACAUUAGCCCAAUGGAAGUGAAGACAUCCAACUCCCCAUCUUAUGGGUGGAGAAGCAUCCUAGCGCACAAGACCUUCUCCGCGAAGAUUAUAGACCAAUCCUCCAAGCAAUGGAGAGUAGAAGUUUUGGAAGCCUUGAUAGACCUGGGAGAUGUCCAACUGAUACAAAGCUUACGACCUAGUGAUAACUUCAGAGAUGAUGGGUACUGCUGGAUCCAUACGAAAUCAGGCAUGUACAUUGUAAAAUCUGGGUAUAAGCUAGCAAUGCAACUGAAAGAAGAGAAAGUGAAAACCGCAGUCACAGAGCCAUGUAUUAACCCACUGCAAGCUAUGAUCUGGAAAUUACAAGCUCCCCGGAAGCUUAAACACUUCCUCUGGCAAGCUCUAACGGGUUGUAUGGUGACCUGUGGCCGCCUGGCUAAUAGACAUUGCGGCACUGACAGGUCUUGUCCCCGAUUCGGAGAUUUUGAGGAAUCGAUAAAUCACCUCAUGUUCCUAUGCCCACCUGCACUCCAAACCUGGGCUCUCUCCGAUAUCCCGACGAGUCCGGGGUCUUUCCCGCGUGAUUCCUUGUUUGAGAACUUCGAUUAUCUACUCCUCCGAGCAAAGGAAAAUGGUACACCGCAAAAUUUGAUAGCUCGAUUGCCAUGGAUCGCAUGGUUCAUAUGGAAAGCUAGGAAUGAUAAAGUUUUCAACGGCAACGAUAUUAUCCCACCAGAUACUGUGUUAGAUGCUACCCGUGAGGAGGAGAACUGGAGGGUUGCUCAAGUGUUACCGGGAAACGAAGUUACCGGAAGAAACCUCGACUUAAUCACUGAUAUUCUAGAGAAUGAAUCACCAUUACCAAGAUGCCUAGUGGACGCAUCUUGGGUGACAAAUUCGACAGAUUCUGGAGGUGGUUUUGUCUUCGAUCUGGUGAGUGGAACGCAUAUGUAUGGUUCCUUUGGUAUGGACCAGGUCCUCUCUCCUUUGCACGCAGAGUUCACUAUCUUGGUCCUUGCAAUGAAAAGCUCCCUGCAACUAGGAUUUACAUCGAUGUCCUUUCAAACAGACUGUCUUCAGCUUGUUAAGCUGAUCAACGAUGAAGAAGAUUGGCGAGCUUUGGCUUCAGAAUGGAAUGAAUUUAUUCAUCUACUAUCAUCUUUUACAGUUUUCUCAAUUUCUUUUAUCGCUAGAGAGUGUAAUGUAAGAGCAGACCUUCUUGCUAAGGAAGCUCAUCUACAGAAUUCUAUAUUUUCCCAUGUAAACUCUGAUAUUCCAGGAUGA